CUUUGACCGAAACGUAAAUUUAAGUUUGCGUCGAUAGUUUUUCGUCUGCCAACCUAUAAGAGUUACUUAAUACUUUUAUGUGGGCACGAAGACGCAGGAAAUGGAGAAGACAUUUGAAGCACUUUCACAGGUCGCAGUGGGUCGACGAUCUCCGGCGGAUCCGUUCUUCUUACCGGGAGAUGCAGUAUGCAAAACAUAUAACAGGCUUGGUGUGUUUGAUAUUGAUGAUGAAGACCUAUGCCAUGAAGUUGUUUCAGAAUUCCCAUGUGGUGUCCCUGGCUGUGAUGCAAAGUUUGAGUCUCUUCUACAAUUUGAUGUGCAUUACAGCACAGCUCAUCGGUAUAUAUGUGUGGUAUGUAGGAAGACGUUGCCAUCACCACACCUACUCGAUCUUCAUGUAUCAGAAAGUCAUGAUUCCUUUUUCAGUGCUCAAGCGGAGAGGAAACCAAUGUUUCGCUGCUUUGUAGAACAGUGCAGCACGUUAUGCAACAAUCCUCAGGAGCGACGCAGUCAUUGUAUUUCACAGCACAAUUUCCCUCAUGAUUUCCGGUUUGAUAGUACCAAAAAACAGAAGCACACAUCAGCUGCAGGAAGUCAGAUGGAGACAGAUAUUCGUCCUACAAAUAGAUCACAUCUAAAACCAAAGACUUUCAGUUUUGGGCGAGGAGCAAGGAAUUCCAAGAACUGGUUUAACCAAGGGAGAGGUAGAAUGAAAAGUACUGAUAUUGACACAGUGAUGAAAGAUCUACAGGACAGUUUACCAGAUCAAACAUAACCUGUGAAUAAAAUUUAGUUUUCCCAGUUACAUGAAGAGAAGUGCAAAUAAUACUUCAGAGAAAAAGUAUUGAACAUCAGAUAGGCAGUUAAAAUAUUGUCAUAGAUUUUGUGUGUGUAUCCACCAUUCAGUAUUCAACUUUAUGGUGAGCACUGACCUCUCAUGACAGCUAUUAUUAAUUUAAUGAUGUUAUUUAGAGGAAGUACUGUUUCAAUGUUGUUGUGGAGUGAUUGUUUAAGAGAUGAUGUAUUCAGAUGUUACUCAGUUACCAGUAUAAAAACUUUG